CCCCGCCUAACACGUGACGUCAGAUCAUGGCACUCUUAGGUGGGAAGUAGUAAGCCUCUGUGAAGUUGUCACUGAAAUCUAACAGAAAAUGGCAACUUUUGUGACCUACUGUGCAUUCUCACCACCAAAUCGGAGAAAUGCUUUGCUUACGUUGGUCGUCAUUUUAAUAUCCAUUCCGCCGCUUAAUGCCGCGUUAGAGCAGGGGAAAUGGACUCUCAAUGUGGACAACGAAAUAUUAAAGAAGCAAAACCACUUCUAUUUCUCAAAGACAAUGUUUAAUAACUCCCUGAUUGAAAUCAAAUGGCUCAAAGAAGAAUGCAAUCCUUCUGUAAACUUGUCUAUAAAGUGGUAUCUACGCAGCUGCCGGUGCUAUGAAGAAGCAUUCGAUCUAGAUCCUCAAAGGGCACAAUUGUACUUCGACAGCAAAGAAGUGUCUAAGAGUGGUGAUAGUGGUUACUACAUCACCCACGUUUAUGAUCAGAUUGAGUGCCACCAACCUAUGACCAAAAAUGAGUUGGCAGUGUCAGUACCUGAUAAGCCGACAGUUUUGAAAACUCAAUCACUGGAAACAACCGAAAAACUACAGAGGAGGAAGAGAGACACUGAGCAGGUCUCAGAAGCCACCCCAAAAGUAUCAAGCAAUGUUGUAGAAAACAAAGACAAGAUUCCGUCAGUUGUCAGAGAUCAGUAUCGUACACACGACACAGUGGCACAGACAUGGGAGGACAGCCCUUACAUGUUCAUUAUCUACAUUGCAAAUCCAGCCACAGAGACAAAAUGGAGCAUUAAAUUGGAAGUCAGUAUGCGGGGGCCUCAUCAGUAUAUUUCAGCCUCGGAGUGGCCUCUGAUGAUUUUCUACAUGGUGAUGUGCAUCAUUUACGUGCUGUUGGGUGUGCUCUGGUUAGCUCUCUCUGCCUGUUACUGGAGAGACCUGUUGCGGAUCCAGUUCUGGAUAGGAGGCGUUAUUUUCCUUGGCAUGCUAGAGAAGGCGGUCUACUAUGCAGAGUUUCAGAGCAUCCGCUAUGAUGGCCUCUCGGUCCAGGGUGCAGUGGUGUUUGCUGAGGUAUUGUCUGCUGUGAAGAGAACUCUGGCUCGAGUGCUUGUCAUAAUCGCCAGCCUCGGUUAUGGUAUUGUCAAACCAAGGCUUGGAGCUUUGCUGCACAGGGUGGUAGGAGUAGGACUGCUCUAUCUUGGCUUCUCCAUUGUCGAGGGGGUUCUCAGAGUCAACUCGGCUGAAGAUGACCUAGUAUUGCUGGCUGCCAUUCCACUGGCUGUGCUCGACUCUACCCUCUGCUGGUGGAUAUUCAUAAGCUUGGCCCAGACUAUGAAGCUUUUGCGGCUUAGGAGAAACGUGGUUAAGCUCUCCCUUUACCGCCACUUCACCAACACCCUCAUCUUUGCAGUCAUAGCUUCAGUCAUUUUCAUCGUUUGGACAACAAAGACCUUCAAGUUAUCAAAAUGCCAGUCUGACUGGAGGGAAAUGUGGAUAGAUGAUGCAUUCUGGCGUUUUCUCUUCUCUACUAUCUUGCUUGUCAUCAUGUUCCUGUGGAGGCCAUCUGCCAACAAUCAGAGGUAUGCUUUUAGCCCACUGGUCGAUGAGGUUAGUGAUGAGGAGGAGGCAGAGCAACUAAUGAAUGAAGCCUUCGAGGGUGUAAAAAUGAGAGGUUUUAAAGCAGAGACCAAUGGAAGUGCGAAACCUAAUAAAGUGGAUGAAGAUCUGAAAUGGGUUGAGGAAAACAUCCCCUCUUCAAUGGCUGAUGUUGCACUUCCCCCUCUGUUGGACUCAGAUGAGGAAAUCAUGACAACAAAAUUUGAGAUGUCAAAAAUGGAAUAGAAAUAUGCCGUGUGUAUGUGUUGUAAAUAUUGAGUGUCUGUGGCUGUAAACGCUUAUUUUAUGUUGAAUUAUAAGUGAUUUAUGUAAAUAUGUGGGAUGUGAGUAACGAGAGUACCAAACUGAUGGACAGUUAUUGUUUUGCCUGCAUUGCCUGUUUGUAUUUAUAUUUUCAUUGGAAAGGUGUGGGCUUCUUCAACUCCAACUGUAAUCAUAUUUGACAUUUGUUUACAUAUCUGAAAUAUAAAAUGUGAUUAAAACCCACUCCUUUAUA